UCAGUAUCAUACCUUUUCUUUAUCCAUCAAACCUAACCCUUUUUUAACUAUAAUCCCAAGACAUCUUUUCAUGGCCUCUACCUCCUCAAAGAGACAUGAUCAAUACAAAGGAAUCCGCUGCCGGAGCAGCAAAUGGGUGUCGGAGAUUCGUGAGCCACGUAAGACUACUCGAAUAUGGCUCGGUACCUAUCCUACUCCCGAGAUGGCUGCUGCUGCCUACGAUGUAGCCGCACUCGCACUCAAGGGUUGCAAUGCUGUUCUCAACUUCCCCGACUCGAUCGGUUCCUAUCCGGUUCCGGCUUCCACAUCCCCAGCCGAUAUCCGUAUUGCUGCCGCUGCUGCUGCCGCUUUGAGAAAAGUUGAUGAUCAAGGAGAAAGCAAUUACCAUAGCUCUCACUAUCAGUGUCCGCCAACCAAUGAGUUUGUCGACGAAGAGGCGCUGUUCGGAAUGCCGAAUCUGCUGGUUGACAUGGCGGAGGGAAUGCUGUUGUCACCGCCACGAAUCAGCUCGUCGCCAUCUCGACACGACUACUACUCAUGGAACUCAAGUGGAGAUGGAAAUCUUUGGAGUUACCCCUAGAGGAAAAAAGAAACAAAAAUUAACCAUGAAAAAACUCCAUGAAUCCGAACAUAUCUAAUUUAAUCACAUCAUGGGGAAAAAAAAUUAAGAAAAAAGGUAAAGAAUUUAAGAUCAUCAAACGACAAGGAUUUGGAAAAAAUUAGAAUAAUAAUGAAUAUGUUUUUGCUUCAUUGAGAAGGUGUUUAGAACAGUACUAGAGAGAGUAAAAAACAUGAAUGAAGUGAGUUUUAGAUUUGGAUAGGGACACGGUUUUGGCUGGAAAAUUGGAAAAGGAGAGAUUUUGAGUUGGAUUAUGUCUGUUUUUUUUCUCUCUCUUUUUUUAUUUUUAUUUUUAUUAUGAGAUAAAGUAAGAGAGAGAUUGUGGUAUUGUGGAUUUUGAUUGGUCCACAUUUUUUUUUUUUUUUUUUUUUGUGUUUGAAUUAUGAAUUUUGGUUUGUACCAAAUCUAUGAACUACAGUUGUCGGUAAUAAUUUGGUU